AUGGUUGAAUUGUUAAGUGAAGCAAAUAGUUUGAAGACCUACAAGGUUAUUCAUAUUGAUGCUCCCCUCAAUUCUAGCAUGGUGAUCUUUGAUACCUUGAGUGAAACAAUUGAGUGUAGUUGUAAAAAGUUUGAAUUUUCAGGGAUUCCUUGUAUGCACAUGUUGCAUGUCUUAGAUGUAAAUCAAAAAUUUGUACUUCCUAAUAAGUACAUAGUGAAAAGGUGGACUAGGAAAGCACGAGAUAUAGAUACUUGCAUUUUUGUAUCCACCACACCGGAAAAAGACCCUAAGGUGACAAAGAGCAAGAGAUACAUGGAUAUGUCGCAUCGUUACCAGAAAUUAAUUUCAGAGGCAUCUGAAAAUGAAGAAGCUUAUAAAGAGGUUGUGCACCAUUACUUUGUGCUUGAUGCGAAGGUGAAGGAUAUUGUGAAAAUGUCCCAUUUAGGAUUUGAAAAUCUUCAAUCAACAAAUGAUAUAUCUAAUCAAAAUUCAAAUUGUGAGUAUUAUGGUGCUAGAGGAUUGGCUACAAGAUAUAAGCCAAGUCGUGGAGGUCAUAGCACUAAAAGAAUAAAAGGUGCAUUAGAGCAACCAAAGAAGAAGAAAAAAACAUGUUUGCAGCAGCAUAAAUAUUGA